CGAUGGUGGUGAAUGUGAAGGUAAUUGAUGUCAAAGGUAGUAAUGUAGUUUUUUUAAGAAUUGAUGGAACUAUUUUGUAAAUUAUUUCAUUAAGGGUAUUAUAGUUAUAUUAAUUAGAGAUGUUUAAAUUAGUGAAUAAAUGAAAGAGAUAUCUUGGGUUUUUCAAAGACUGAAAGUUUAAGAAAAAAAGGGGUGAUUUGCUUUAUUGGAUAGUAUAGAUAUAGAUAUAAAAAAAUUGACAGUAGUAGUAAACAAUUGAUUAAACCAUAAUCUAGUUACUAUUACCCUUUUGUAAGGAGUUAAAUUUAAACAAAUUAAGAUCUUUUUAUUCUUUAGCUCUUAGAUAUUCGAAUUCAAAUUUUGUAGUCCUUGUAAACUAUACGAGAUUUUUAAAGUUAUUUUGGGUUGGACAAAUAUGUCGUCAUCGUCAAAAAGGAAAACUGAACCAGCCCAUUAUCUGUUAAAGAUCGAGUCUUUCUCUCUUCUUGCUGAAGCUAGAUCAAUGAAAAUUGAAUCUGAUGUAUUUGAAGCCAGCGGUCAUAAAUGGAGACUAGAAUUGUAUCCGAAUGGAAAUGGUGAGGAAAGUGGUGGUAACAACAUAUCUUUGUAUCUAGUGAUAUGUGACCCUGAAAGCUUCCCAAACGGAUGGGAGGUCUGUGUUGAUGUUAGUUUUUUUGUUUAUGAUCAUGAAAGCCAUAGGUAUGCAAUUUUUCAAGAUAUCAAUGGCGAUGGGAACAGGACAAGGUUUAAUGAGAGUAAGAAAAUGUGGGGCUUUGACAAACUAAUCUCACUUGAGUCUUUCAAGGAGGUUGAAAAUGGGUACUUGUUUAAUGAUGCGUGUGUGUUUGGAGUCGAGGUUUUUGCCGUUUCAGAGUAUGCACAAAAUGAUCGAUGCUUAUCAUUUGUAAAACCCCCGGCAGCUAAUAAUACAUACACUUGGAGAAUUGAUAACUUUUCAGAUGUUACAGAGGAAAUUAUUUGUUCAGAUGUCUUCAAAAUUGGCAAUGUCAAGUGGAAAUUAUCCCUAUAUCCAAAAGGAAACAAUGCAUAUAGAGCCCAUGCCCUUACCUUUUUUAAAACAACAUUUGCAUCUUCUCUUUAUUAA